AGCAGCCAUGGCUCGCGGGCCCAAGAAGCACCUGAAGCGCGUCGCGGCGCCCAAGCACUGGAUGCUGGACAAGCUGACCGGAGUGUUCGCUCCUCGUCCAUCUACAGGCCCCCACAAACUGAGGGAAUGCCUUCCACUCAUCAUCUUCCUUAGGAACAGGCUCAAGUAUGCCCUGACAGGAGAUGAAGUCAAGAAGAUCUGCAUGCAGCGGUUCAUCAAGAUUGACGGCAAAGUCCGCACUGACAUCACCUAUCCUGCUGGCUUCAUGGAUGUCAUCAGCAUCGAGAAGACUGGUGAGCACUUCCGUUUGGUAUAUGAUACCAAGGGUCGUUUUGCUGUUCACCGCAUCACAGCUGAAGAGGCCAAGUACAAGCUGUGCAAGGUGAGGAAGAUCUUGGUGGGCACUAAAGGAAUCCCUCACCUGGUGACCCACGAUGCCCGCACCAUCCGCUACCCAGAUCCCCUCAUCAAGGUGAAUGACACGAUCCAGAUCGACCUUGAGACUGGCAAGAUCACAGACUUCAUCAAGUUUGACACCGGUAACCUGUGUAUGGUGACUGGCGGUGCUAACUUGGGCCGUAUCGGUGUGAUCACGAACCGGGAGAGACACCCAGGCUCCUUCGACGUGGUCCAUGUGAAGGACGCCAAUGGCAACAGCUUUGCCACUAGGCUCUCAAACAUUUUUGUUAUUGGCAAAGGUAACAAGCCCUGGAUCUCCCUGCCCCGCGGGAAGGGAAUCCGUCUGACCAUUGCCGAAGAGCGAGACAAGAGACUGGCAGCCAAGCAGAGCAGCAGCUAAACGCUCAGGAGGGGACUAACAGCAGACGGCCUUUUCCUUUGUCAAAUAAAAUUGUUACCACAC